CGCCAUUGCGUUGCUAUGAGCUGUCGCUCCCCCUGCGGCGGCGGCAGCGGGCGGACCGGGCGCCGAUCCUGUGCCUGCCUUCCUCCUGACUCCUGCCUGUUUCCUGGCUCCUGCUGCCUGCCGCGCGGGCCGGGCUCUCCGUCCGGCGGCCUGGUGGCACUAGUGGGGCGGAGAGGAUGAGCACGGCGGGACCGGGCGGCAGCAGCAGCACAAGCAGCAGCAGCAUCAGCGCAAGCAGCAGCAUCAGCAGCCGCUGCCGCGGCGGCGGGGCCGGUCACUGAGCGAGGAGCACCGCGGCGGACGCAGGGCAUGGAGCCCCAGCCCGGCGCCUCCCGCCCGGCCGCCGAGGAGGAGGAGGACGGCGGCGGCGGGUCCGGCGGGCAGCCGGAGGCGCUGUCGCUGGAGGAGAUCCUCCGGCUCUACAACCAGCCCAUCAACGAGGAGCAGGCGUGGGCCGUGUGUUACCAGUGCUGCGCCUCGCUGCGCGCCCGCGCCCGCCGCGGAGAGACCCCCGCCGCCAGGCUGGGGGCGGCGGCCGCGCAGCUCCGCGUCUGGCGGGACGGCGCCGUCACCCUGGAGCAGGACGAGCCCGACCGGCCGCCCCCGCCCGCCGCAGAUAAAUCAGGGCGUUUACACUGUACAGAAAUGGAGGUUAUUGAAUCACUAGGGAUUAUUAUAUAUAAAGCCCUGGACUAUGGUUUGAAGGAAAAUGAAGAGAGGGAAUUAAGUCCUCCACUGGAGCAGCUUAUUGACUACAUGACUAAUGCCACAGAAACAGAUGGGAGUAGGGAUGAAGGAUAUGAUGCUCUGGAUGAAGCAGUGGAGGAUGAUGAUGAUGGCAAAGAAGAAGUUGAGGCCAUUCACUCCUAUAAAGAUGUCAUGAAGUUGUGUGCUGCCCACCUGCCAACGCGAUCGGAGGCGCCCAACCACUACCAAGCAGUGUGUCGGGCUCUGUUUGCUGAAACAAUGGAGCUCUACACUUUCCUGGCCAAAAUUAAAAGUGCAAAAGAGAACCUGAAGAAGAUUCAGGAAAUGGACAAAGAGGCAAGUGACGAAUCCAGCACGGAUCUUGAUGAACUGAAAAAUGCUGACUGGGCCCGUUUUUGGGUGCAGGUGAUGAGAGAUUUACGGAAUGGUGUUAAACUUAAGAAGGUUCAAGAGCGUCAGUACAACCCACUGCCCAUAGAAUAUCAGCUCACGCCCUAUGAGAUGCUGAUGGAUGAUAUCAGGUCCAAACGCUAUACCUUAAGGAAGGUCAUGGUCAACGGUGACAUCCCACCUCGAUUAAAAAAGAGUGCCCAUGAAAUAAUCCUGGAUUUCAUCCGAUCGCGACCUCCAUUAAAUCCUGCCUCGGCAAGGAAACUGAAACCAACCCCGCCACGGCCCCGCAGCCUCCAUGAGAGGAUCCUGGAGGAGAUCAAGGCAGAGAGGAAGCUCCGUCCAGUCUCCCCUGAUGAGAUAAGGCGGAGCAGGCUGGAUGUACCGACACCAGAGGCUGGAAGAAAAUUAGUGGAUGCCUCUGUAGUGAACGGCAGCCCAGCACCCCAAGGAAAGCAGAACGGGGCCACACAAGUGACAGUGCAACGCAAAAGACUCCUUAAGGCUCCCACGUUGGCUGAACUUGACAGCUCAGAUUCAGAGGAGGAAUCAGUGCACCAAUCAGGAAGUAGCAGCAGCAUCUCCCCCUCACAAGUGGAAGACCCCUCUCAAGAAGGCGCCAGCAGCAGAAAGAUGCCUCCAAAGUUCUUGCCCAUAUCAUCUACGCCGCAGCCCGAGAGACGGCAGCCGCCUCAGAGACGACACUCCAUUGAAAAGGAAACACCAACCAAUGUGAGACAGUUCCUACCCCCUUCAAAACAGAGCUCCAGGUCACUUGAGGAGUUCUGUUACCCCGUGGAAUGUCUGGCUCUGACAGUGGAGGAGGUCAUGCACAUCCGUCAGGUGCUUGUGAAGGCGGAGCUGGAGAAGUACCAGCAGUAUAAAGAUGUCUACACUGCUCUCAAGAAAGGAAAGCUCUGCUUUUGCUGUCGAACAAGAAGGUUUUCUUUCUUUACCUGGUCUUACACUUGUCAGUUCUGCAAGAGGCCUGUAUGCUCACAGUGUUGCAAAAAAAUGCGGCUGCCAUCGAAGCCAUACUCCACCCUCCCCAUCUUCUCCCUGGGACCUUCAACCUUGCAAAGGGGAGAAAGCUUCAUGAGGCCAGAGAAACCCUCUAGCAGUCACCACCAUUCCCUGCGGAGCAGGUUGACCUCAAGGUCCAAGUCUGUGGAUAAGUCACACGAAGAGUUUCCCAAAGAAUUAAUGGAGGACUGGAGUACAAUGGAGGUUUGCGUGGACUGCAAGAAGUUCAUCUCAGAAAUCAUCAACUCAAGCCGGCGCAGCCUGUCCCUGGCCAACAAGCGAGCCAGGUUAAAAAGGAAAACGCAGUCCUUCUACAUGUCCUCUCCAGGAACCUCGGAGUACUGCCCCUCGGAAAGGACGAUCAAUGAGAUCUGAGCCCCGUGCCUUCUGCUUUGCUUCAUCUCCACGAGGCCAUCACCAUCAACGAGGUCACUGGAGCCGGAUCGUCACCCCGUUGCUUCGUUCCACUUGACUGGCUUGGGUUUGCAUUCGGUCACAGGAUUUCCUGCUCCAGCAGCUCCCAGAGACGCAGAGCACUGUGUGUGGAUCUGUGCAGGGCGGUACACGGCGGGGCAGCUGCUCGCACUGGGAGAAAAUCAAUCGUUUGAAAUUGUUGCCUCUUUUGUACGUGUGCGUUGAAAUGAGAAAGCCUUUUCUUGCUUUCAAUCUUUUUUUAACCAUGCUUCGAAUCAUUUUUCGGAUGAGCUGAGAGCAGGUGUCUGGUGGGGAACCAGAUCUAGCACAGUGUCAGCGUUAGCACCCUAGCAAACAGUAGGUCCUGCUGCAUUCCCACCCUCGGAAUGCUCGUGCCCUUGUUGAGGCAGCCAAGGGCUGCUCGCACAGCAGGCACCCAGCGUGAGCAGCUCCGGUCAAAUCCAUCUUCCUUUGACCCGUUUUGGUUGCUCUGAGAUCAGGGUUCAGCACGGGGCUCUACAGUGGCAGUGUCCUGGGGCAAAGCAGGUGACAACGCUCUUCGCCCGUGUGGUCGGUCAUACCCCUGAGCUGCUGUACUUCUUAAGCCUUAGUGUCCUUCUGAGUGACUCCUGAGCAGGUUUUAGUAGUUUACUUUCUAUCUUGAAUGUAUGAUAAUGACUACUAGUAGCAGUGAAUUUUAGUAGUAGACAAAGUUGUACAGUUUAUGGGGAGGAUGGGAAAUAAGGGAGGCUUCUAAUUUUAACUGAAUACCUGUAAAAUUGUUCUCGUGGUUACUCAGAGUAAGGUGUAAAUUUGUAUUAUAAUGGAGCACACAGAUACUGCUAUAGUUCUGUCUGACAGCAUAUCCACUAGUGACCCCAUUUUUUCUGGGGUUUAUAACUUGGCUGUAAAAAUUCGUGUUUGGCUGAAAUUUGGGCCAGUGCUCUCUCAGAUUGGGAGCAAUCUCCUUUUUUUCUUUAAUCUUUUUUUCAGUCUUUCCCCCUUUUUAAUUCACUCACAAGGGAGUGCUAGACUAAUUGUUUAGAAGUUCCAACAAUUUUACAAUGUUAACUGACAUCUCAUGCUUUUUUGCACUUUUUUUAUAUUCAAAAUACUUUUUUUUUUUUUUUUUAAUUCAGUCAUAGCCAGAGUUUAGUCAAUAAUUUGGGGCCAGAUCAUUUUGGUAUUUAAAAACUAACAUAGCCAAGUUAUUAAUACUUGAAAUCAACUACUGUAACUUUUUUCAUAAAUUUUUUAAUACCCUGAGGCAUAUUUAAUAUCUAUAUAGCAGUGUAUUAUAGAAUGACACAGCAGAAAAGUUUCAGAUCUAUUUAUUAACAUUUCUAUUCUUCAAGUUAAUGAGAGAUACCUCAGAACUGCUCCAAAGUAGCUGGGACUGGACUUCCAUAACAUAAUUUUAAAGGUGUAUUAAACAAAACAGCUUCCUCUGUCCAAAAAGCCCAAGAGACAGACAGCCCCUCUGGCCCUGGCAAGGCACAGUGCCCGGGCUGGGAGGCACCAGGGCUGCUUGGCUCCCCUUUGGCAGCCUUUGGAGCAGCCAUCCAUAUCGUCCCUUUUAGGCUUGUUUGAAAAGCACAUGCAGAAGUCUCUUCCCAGGGAGUCAGCCAUCCUUAUUUUUUUCUUAAAAGCCCCCUUGGAAAAUGAGAAUUUUCACAUAUGUAGGGCUUAUUGAAAUAGUUUCUAUUUUUUUCUGAACCAAUGCAAACAGGAAAAGCAGGGCUCAAUGCUAACUCUCUCUCUUUGCUGUCCCAUUUAAGGUCAGGUGUCACAGCCCUCUCCUCAUGGUACCUCUGGAAAAGUGUCUUGCCUGUUAAGGCACCUGGAGUACUGACAUGGGAUAGGAUGUAGGAUUGCAGGGGAGCAGCACAGGCUGGCUGGUGGGAAAGGUUCUUCUGUUGCUGGAAGGGUCGCCUGAUCUCAGUCACAUCAGCACUUUUUCUUGUUUCUGUGCCAAAACCAGGCCGUGAGUUUGCUGCACAGUGCAUCAAGGGAACCAGACAGAAACAAACGCAGGAAAUCUCACUUUGCAUCUGCCCUGUUGUUGUCAGGAUUUUUUUCAUGGAGAUGCCCCGGCCGUGUUACAGUUGUGCGGUCCUCUGCUCAGUCUGCUUCCCUGGUGUCCUCAAGCCACCGAGGUGCAGGGCAUCCAGCACAUUUAUCUUCCUCUUGGAGAGGAAUUUGGGAUGUUGUAGAGCAGGCAGGAAGAAGGACUAAUAACUCCUGAGCGUGUGAAGGCAAACAUGCCUGUGCCCUGCUCCACUCCGGCAGUGUCCGGGGGUGGCCCUGGGGCAGUGGCAGAGCCCUGUGAUCCAGCCUGUGCUUUCCCAGAAGUCCCACAAGUCCUUGGCCCAGGGCAGGCUCUGCUGUGCUGAGCAGGGCACAAACACUGAAAAACAACGCAGUGGUUGUACAGAUGGCUCCCUGUUGCUCACACAGAGCUGCCAUGGGCCAGGGCCUGCAUAAACUCCCUGUUUCCCCUGGAAAAAACCCUCCAAGCUGCUGACACAUGCUGUGGCAGGCUCCAGAAGACACGGUGUGGAGGGCAGCCUCUCCCCUUGGCUCCAUCCCUUCCUCCCUGGCACAGUUGCUCCACGUUAUCCCGGCAUUUCAUUCCGCACGCGGAGAAGCAGCGGGUUGGUUCAUCGCAGGCAGCCUGAAGGAGCUCAGCUCGCUGUUGCCUGGCUCUGCAGAGGGGGCUAUUUUUAGCUCUCCAUCUCCUCCCUGCCUGCACCAGCAUCCCAAAUCCACUGCAGCCAUUGGCCCAGCACCCCGUGGUGCUGCCCAGCAUGUCCUAGUUACGGGCUGAACUUCACGUCAGCGUCAGAGGGGGAAAUCAGAAGCUUGUAAAUAUCUGUAAUAUAUUUAUUAAUAUUUAGGAAGUCUCCAUCAAUCAUGCAAUGGGAAUUGAAUUUCCCAUGAUGUUUUAAAAAGGAAACGAGUCUUAUUUAUAUGUGUAUUGGCUGUUAUCUUUUCUUAGAGUUAACGCUUUCAGCCCCCUAAUACAGUUUGCACAUCUUAGAGCAAAUUACUGCUGAAAAGAACGCGGCACUAGCACAGUGAACUCUGUUCCACGAAUUUUAAAAUUAUUUUCUUUGGGUUUUUUUAGCUUGAUUAGUAUGCCCAAGGUCUGUUAAAAUAUAUCAUAGGAGACCCAAGGAGCUAAAAAUGGCUUUGGCAGCAUCAGUCUUGUUUUGUAUGUGAACCUGGUUGUGGGGAAUGCAAAACCAGCUCUGCCUCACGGCGGUGAUGGAAGAUGUGAGCAGGCUUUUGCUGCAGCUCUCAGACCUGACCUUUCAAGUGUUCAUGGUGACAGUAGUGUUUUGAGGGGUUGUUGGGUUUUUUUUCCCCUUUCUCCGUUGCUUCCUUUAUACAGGGAGGGGUGUUACCUGGUAAAAAUAAAAUGCCUUUCCAUUAUAACCUUUGUCUGUGUUAAUUAUUCUUGGGGAAGCUGAUUUAAAGGUUCUGUCUCUCUCUUUUUUAUGCUUUUACAGUUUUGUAAGAUCAGUCAGAUGUUUCUUUCGGCAAAGAAUUGUUAACAAAAAUGAUUGCAUAACAGCUGAACACUGGCUGGGCUGCAUGAAGGGAUGAAAACCUGUCGAAGUACCUUUAGAAUAGCAAUAAAAACUGCUUGUGU